CCCUUGUCGCGAGAGGGCGUUUGUUAGAUCAUAGAGAGACCCGUUGGUGGUAAGUAGAGCGCCGUCGACUGAGGAGCGUAGACAAGGGGAGCUGACGCGAGGCGCCCGGCUUAAGGUCCCGCCCCUUUUUCCUCCUACUGCCACCACCGAAGGCCUCCCGAAAGCCAGCCAGCGCCCCUUGUGGUGGCUCGGGAGCCGAGCAGCUCCUCCUCCUCCGCUCGCGAACUAACAGGAAUGAACAGAGCGCCGAGCGGGUGCGAGAAGAGGCCGAUGUCGUUAUCCCGAUUGGCGACCGAACCGCGUUUCCUUAUAAGAUGUAUUCCUUCAGAACAUAAAAAUGGAGUUGGGGAAAGGAAAAUUGCUGAGAACUGGCCUCAAUGCCUUAUACCAGGCCAUACAUCCUGUGCAUGGGAUUGCUUGGACUGAUGGAAAGCAAGUGAUCCUGACUUCGUUGUAUCAGUAUAAUGGAGAACCUAAAUUUGGCAACUCGAAUGUUGUUGGCCAGUUUGAACACGUUCACGGACUUUACUGGGCUCCAUCUUGUGCCCCAGAUCUCCCUGCACUCCUUGCUAUCCAGCAUAAAAAACACAUCACCAUGUGGCAGCUAUGUUACAGUGUUUCUGAAAGAAACAAACUGAUGGUUUAUCAAAUCAGCGAAAUUGGUGAGCUGUUUCCCAUCCUUCCUCAGGGUUGUGUGUGGCAUCCGAAAAAGGAAAUCUUGGCUGUGCUUACUACGCGGGACACCUCUGUGCUACACUCGGUUCGGAUCAACAACUCCAGAAUAAAAGCAGAUAUUAAAAGCAGUGCACUCAUCCACUGUGCUUGCUGGACUGAGGAAGGCAACCGCUUGGUGGUUGGGAUAGGCAGUGCCCUCCAUUCCUAUAUUUGGGAUGAUGAACAGAAAACUUUGAAUGCAUGCUCUUUUUGCCCGAUAUUUGACGUGGGAGGCUACAUCUGUGCAAUCGAAGCGACAUUAGGUUCUCAAGUGGCGGUUGCUACCGAACUUCCACUAGAUAAGAUAUGUAGCUUAAACGCAGGCAUUUCGUUUGAAAUGCCAUCUGAGGCUGUCGGAAACUCUGUUCCCUCACAAACUUCCUCGUCGGCCUGCAAAGAAGAGCUCUCUGUAGACAGUGGGAAAAAGUUAACAGACCAAGAAAAACCUGGGUCCAUUGCAACUUCUACAUCUUCGUCGGUGGAUCUAACCCACCUUACUGCAAGCAAGCAGCAGACUGAUAACAAUUCUCUCCUUCAUCUAAGAACUAAGGAUUACUUAACAGGAAGCGGCCAAGAUGCCUCACACCUGAUCUUGGUGACUUUUGAAAGAAAAGUGACAGCUACCAAAAAAGUCAGCAUCUCAGGGAUUCUGGUCCCAGACAUAAUGACUUUUGAUUCUAAAACUCAAACUGUGGCAGUGGCAUCCAACACUUGUAAUAUAAUUUUGGCUUACUCUUUAUCUUCAUCUCACUUGCCUAACAUUCAACAAAUUCAACUGGAGAAAAGCGAAAGGCCAAAGGGAUUGUGUUUCCUGACAGAAAAGCUAUUGCUGAUACUGGUUGGAAAACAGAAAUUAACAGACCCGGCUUUUCUUCCAUCGUCACGCUCGGACAAGUACAUUCUCCGUUUGAUGGUCAAAGAAAUUGUGUGCAAAGAAGACUUUUCUGCCUUUUCGGGGACUACCCAGGUUUGCUUUGCAAACAUACCGGUAAAAAAAGAAGGCAUAGAAAUUCAUUCUUCAGAGCCUCAUAUACUAUGUGAUGGAUUGGUACUGCCAAGUUGCACAGCGAUCCAGUCUCCUAGAAACAGAAGAAAACUCAUAGAAGAAAUUAAGAGCCCUGCUAAUGAGCAAAGCAUGCUGACCAAUGCAGUUGACUUCCAGGAGAAAAAGAUUUCCAGGGACUUCCCUCAAGUUCUGGGAUGUUUGGAUGCUGAACCAACAAAUCGUUCACUUGUUCUUCAAGGAAUCGAAACCUCUUCAGGAUUGUCAAACGUAUCCAUUUCACCAAACAAGCAUGUGCAUAGUUCUACGGAUAUGUCAAAUUCCUCAAAAACAAACUUGCUGCAAAUUGAAAAAGAACCCUCUUACACCUCUAAGCAUCUGGAAAGGCUGUGCUGCAGGUUUGCAGAAUUGCAGCAUCAGCUUUUUGAACUAACUGAGCUUUUGAAAUCGGGGAAAAAACCUCUGCUGGGAUAUCCAUCUUCGCGUGCUCCCUCUUUUGUUAACAUCACUUAUCAGAAGGAUUGUUCCGGAACUGUUACACCUGAGAAGCGAGCUGUUAUCCUCUGCGAUGGCAAACUUCGUCUAAGUCUAAUUCAGCAGAUUUUCAACCUGACUCUUGUUGAAAUGCAGCAUGGUUUGUCCUGGAUUGUGCUCACUUCAGACAACGAAGGUUUUAUUCCAUUAACAUUUGAUGCCCUGCAGGAGAUAGUCAUAAGGGAUGCCCGCUCUAGUGAUAUUGCCAGCUGUAACGAUAGCAGCACUGAUUCUUCCAAAACACUGAAAACUAUCAGUUCCACAGGUGGUGGAUACAGGAAGAUUUCCUCCCAAAGCUUGGAUCGUGAUAACAGUUCUAUGGAAGUAAUGGGAGAACAUUCUUCUCAGUGUCUGGUACAGAGCAGUUCUUCAGGCCAAACCAGUACGGCUUCAUAACCAAAUAAAGUUUUU